AUGUAUUCCAGAAGAAGCAUUGCUAUUGUAAGAGAGGACAGCUCCCUGUGUAUCAUUGCCCCUGAAGACCUUCCUGUGGGGCAAGAUAAGGAGGUAGAAGACAGUGAUCCUGGCCCUGGGUAUGCCCAGGGCUCACGUCCGCAUUGGCUGCCGGGCUGCUCCCUCCGCCCUCGCGCCUUCCACCUCGUGGCAGUUCGAAAUGAAGCUGGAAAGAAACUGGCCCAGCAGAUCAAGCAGGAAGUGCGGCAGGAGGUGGAAGAGUGGAUGGCUUCAGGCAACAAAUGGCCACACCUGAGCAGGAUCACGAUCUCCGUCAGCGAGAAUCCUGCAAGUCCCUCCUACUUCCUCAACAAAAUCAGGGCAGCUGUGGGAAUCAACAGUGAGACAAUAUCUCAUCAAUGUACUCCCGAAGAGCAGUUGAAGAAACAUACAAUUCUUGCAGAUACUGUAAUAUCUGCUGCAGGUAUUCCAAAUCCGAUCACAGCAGACAUGAUCAAGGAAGGAGCAGCAGUCACUGAUGUGGAAACAAAUAGAGUUCACGAAAAACUACAUGUUAAUCGUUUUCCUAAGCUACCUUUUUGAGGCUUAGUCAUUGGGAAAAUGUUUAGGAUUGUUCCUUGCUGUUAGUCCUCAUUUUAUGCAUGUUACCCUGCAGUAAGUUCUCCCAUUUUAGCUUUCUAAGAUUGAAAGGCUUCUAUUAUACGUUAUUCAUGUGUAUUGUCAUAUUUGUCUUUUGCUAUAUACUGUAACUUCAUUGUUAAAUUUUCAUAUUGUAUAGUUUCUUUGGUGUAUCUUAAAGCCUAUUUUUGAAAAACAAACUUGGCUUGAUAAUCAUUUUGGCAGCUUGGGUAAGUAUCCAUCUUACUUUUCCACCAAAGAACUGUCAGCUGCCGCCUGCUUUUCUGUGAUGUACCCUGUUGACUUUUCCAGAAAAUUUUUAAGAGUUUGAGUUAAUAUUGAAUUUAAUCAGACUUUCUGAAUCAAGGUUCUUUUUUUUUCUUUUUUAA